AGGAAAACUAUUCCUCAAUCACCUUACUACAAAAGUAUGAUAUUGUCAGACGUCUUUCCUAUGGAUUAAAUAUAAUUCAUUCUGAGGGUAAAGGUUGUAAAGCUGAUGAUAGAACGACUAGUGAAAAAGUCGAAAUCCCAACAAGCCGGAUAUACACUUUUUCAGAAAUGCCACAACCAAGAAAUGCUGAAUUAGAAUGUGACAACCAAGAAAUACGAUACAGCCAGGGUGGUCCCCAAAGUGCGGAUUACAAGUCCGUCAAGCCAUUACCGCAGCACAUAGAUGAUCAUAUAAAUGAAAUGCUGGAAUAUGCAAAGACAAAAAUUUGGCUUUUACGUAUGACUGUAUAUUACGGCGAUUGCGCGCAUUUCAUUACAUAUAUGUAUGAUGACUUGAUGGACUCGUGA